GUAAACCUCACACAGACGGCUGCAGAAAACACUUCCUGCUACCUGACAUGAAGCUGAGGGUUAAGAGAAGCUUAUUUCAUUCUCUUUCUGCAGUGUUUAUAUCUGAGACAGUAACACAGAAUGUUUGAGAGGGAAACAGAACGAUGUGUGCUUUAUUCGGAUGAACAAGCUUGAUCAUUUGUGAAUGAGCUCUGAGUGGAGAUGAAGCCGGAGCACCAGGAUCUGGUCCUGCAGGCCUGCGGUGCCUGUUCCCUGUGUGUGGGCACAAAGAUCCAGACGCUGUGGAGCGGGUACGGGGAGAUCGUGCGGCUGCAGCUGCAGGGCUGCGAGAGGCCGUCCGUGGUCGUCAAACACGUCAAGUUUCCACAGGACGCCGAGCAUCCCGGCGGCUGGAACACAGACCGUUCACACACACGUAAAGUGAGAUCCUACCAGGUGGAGACUCACUGGUACCAGAACUACUCCACCAAUCAGAGUUGCAGGACCCCCGCCUGCCUGGCUGCUCGAUCCUAUGGAGACGAGAUGCUGAUCGUUCUGGAAGACCUGGAUGUGGCCGGGUAUGAUCAGAGGAGGACCAGCGUAAAGGACAGAGAAAUAAAGGCUUGUCUCAGCUGGCUGGCCCACUUCCACGCUCUCUUCCUGGGGGUGGAACCAGACGGUCUGUGGCCCGUCGGCACAUACUGGCACCUGGAGACCCGGCCCGACGAGCUGGAGGCCAUGGACCAUCCCGAGUUGAAAGCAGCUGCGGGGGACAUCGACAAGAUCCUCAACGAGUGUCGCUUCAAAACAAUCGUUCACGGAGACGCCAAGUUAGCCAAUUUCUGUUUCUCCCAGAGUGGGUGGGACGUGGCGGCGGUAGACUUUCAGUAUGUAGGAGGAGGCUGUGGGAUGAAGGAUGUUGUGUAUUUCUUAGGAAGCUGCAUGGAAGAGAAGCAGUGUGAAAAGAGGGUACCAGGCCUGCUGGACUAUUAUUUUAGUGAACUAAAACAAUCUGUGACAAAAGAUGUGGACUUUGCUGCCCUGGAGAUGGAAUGGAGGGAAAUGUUUGUUUAUGCCUGGACAGAUUUUCAUCGCUUUCUGCUGGGAUGGAUGCCUGGACACUGGAAGAUCAACCACUACAGUAAACAGCUGACCAAGGAGGUGCUCCGUAAACUGAAGCUGUAACCAAAAAACUUUAGACCACGAGAGAACUGGGAGUGUAGCUAGAAGGCUUCCUGAAAUUCUGUAAAUGGAAAAAUGAAAAUGAACUGUCUACAGUUAAGCAUGCUUUUUGAAACACUUCUGGAUACAUUAAAGUAUGUUCAAAAUGCUUUGCCCUUACUCUACUGCCGUUCUUUGGUGAGGAAAACAUUGUACCAUCUUAAUAAAGCAAAGCAAAGCAAAACAAAACUACAA